ACCCAACUCCAGCAGAUUUGGGACAUGGUGGCCGGGCUAGCUUGCCAUUUCUGCCUCUCGAUCCUCAGCUAUCCAUCCUAUUAUAUACCUCCUCCUUCACAACACUCGGUCACUCACCAUCCAAACCCAAAGAGCUCAGCUCACUCAUGGAAGCAGCGUGCACCAUCCCUUUUUAUUGAUCUAUAUAGAGAGAGAGACACACACACAGAGAAGAAGAAGCUUGUAAAUCUCACCUUGCUCUUUCGAUGGAGGCGGCUCCUUCUCUGGCCACUGCCGCCGAUGACGACGACUACAUCGUCGGCCUGUCGCUGACGUUGGGCCUGACAUCGCCGGCACCCUCCUCUCCUGCUGACUCCGCUGCCGCAAGUGCCGCUUCUGAUGGGGCCAGCAACGGCGCCGGCGGCAGAGGUGGUGUGAGGCUCUUCCCAUGCCUCUUCUGCAACAAGAAGUUCCUCAAGUCGCAGGCGCUAGGGGGGCAUCAGAACGCGCACAAGAAGGAGAGGAGCGUGGGGUGGAACGCCCGCCUCUACCUUCCGGCCGCGACAACCACUUCCGACGACAUGGUUCUGGAAGCCAACCAGGCACUUCCAAUGGCGCCGAUCUCGGUCUCGCACUUGUGUCGGUCGCACCGGCACCACCAGAUGGCACACAUCAACGACGACGACGCAACAGCAAACGGAGUGCCUCGUUGCACCACCAACUAUAACCCCGGCGACGGUGGCAGUUCACCGGGGGACGAGAAUCAGAGGCAGCAGGUUGAUCUCAAUCUGAAGCUCUAGCCACGUACGUCGAACUAGUUAGUUGCUCAUGCUGAGAUCGAGCGUGUGAGGUGUUGUGUUUGUAUUUGUGAUUUCUCUUUCUUUCUUUCCUUUGGUUCUCCAUUUUCAACUAGUGUGUCUAGUAUUUGUGCCCGUUGUAAUAAUUCUGAAGCUGUUGUACAAUGCUGCCCUGGCUGGGGGUACAAAUUUGCUGUGCCCAUCUGUAGGGCCCGAGGAGCAAGUGCACGUUGAGCACAUGUAUCAUUUUGGUGGUAUGUUUGUGCA